UCCACUCGUGUUCCUUGUGCUGGUGUGGACCGUGCUCCACAGCGGACCGACAGCUGGGCAGACCAUAGCGCAACAGCGGCAUCACACGCCCGGAGGACGGCGGUUCGAGUCCUGAUUUAUGCCGAAAGGGGGCAGAAAAAAAAAUCGAAGCAGUCAAAUAGGUUGUUUGAAGAAGCUUUUUUAAAACAUAUAUUUUACAAAAAACUGAUUAAUCAGAGGCAUAAAAGAUCCACUCCUGAGUCCACCUGGAUAUCUGACAGAGCCGUCCGGUCCGGAUCGAGGUCCAGCUGGGGAGCGACGGAGCAGAAGACAGGAUGAUUCUCAAGAGUCAUUUGCUUUUCACCCUCUGCACUGUUUAUGGGAUUCUACUGAAAGUGAUGGCUUCAAAAAGCAAAGUUCGUGCCAUCAGCGGUCAGUACCCUCUGGUUCAGAAUGUGACAGUUACAGAGGGCGGGACAGCAAACCUGACCUGCCGUGUGGAGUAUAACGACAACACCUCCCUCCAGUGGUCAAACCCAGCACAGCAGACUCUCUUUUUUGGGGACAAGAAAGCUUUGAGGGACAACAGGAUCGAGCUGGUGCAUGCAUCAUGGUCAGAGCUGACCAUCAGUAUCAAUGAUGUCACGCUGUCUGAUGAAGGCAUGUACACCUGUUCUCUCUUCACCAUGCCAGUCAGAACAGCCAAAGCUUACCUGACUGUCCUGGGCAUGCCAGAGAAGCCAGAGAUUGAUGGCCUGACCAAGCCUGCCAUGGAGGGAGACCACAUCACUUUGACUUGCAUCACCCAGGGCAGCAAGCCCGCUGCUGAUUUGCGCUGGUUCAGGAAUGAGAAGGAAGUCAAAGGUGCCAAGGAGGUGAACGCCAGUGGGAGGACAUUUACAGUGCGGGAGCUCUCUGCAGCUGCAUUGGACAGAAAUGAUGACGGAGUGGCUUACACCUGCAAAGUGGACCAUGUGGCCCUCGACAGGCACCACAGACCCACAGAAGUGUUGGAGGUCCACUAUGCCCCUCGUGUGGAGAUCGUCCACUCCCUUGCAGUCCCUCAGGAGGGUCAGUACUUGAAGCUGGAGUGUGUCUCCAAAGGAAACCCUUCGCCAGAUCCAGUGCUGUGGACAAAGGAUGGAGGUGAACUUCCUGACCUGGACAGGAUGAUUGUAGAGGGAAGGGAACUCACCUUUACUUCCCUCAACAAGACAGACAAUGGCACUUACCGCUGUGAAGCCAGCAACCACCUGGGGACCAGUAGUGCCGAAUAUGUCCUCUAUGUCUAUGACGCUCCCACCACCCUGCCUCCAUCUACCACUCACCCCCCACAUUCCACUCCUCCAGAUCCUACUGCUUUAUUAGACAGCUGCGCCUCAGACCCCACAGUCACUGGCAACCGAGAUCCCAAUGCUCUGGGGCAGCAUGGCACGGACCACGCUUUGAUCGGAGGAGUGGUGGCUGUAGUGGUCUUCGUCACCUUGUGUUUAAUCAUUGUUCUUGGGAGAUACCUGGCCAGGCAUAAAGGUACAUAUUUGACAAACGAAGCCAAAGGUGCGGAUGAUGCCCCUGAUGCCGACACAGCCAUCAUCAACGCUGACGGCAACCACGCGCACGCAGAAGAAAAGAAAGAGUACUUCAUUUAGACUGCAGAGGGAGCUGUCCAACUCCUGUGCUCCCCAUUUUCUUCUUUCGAUCUCCGUAUCUCUUUUUCUCAAUGUAUCCACCUUUGACCACUGCCCCUUUUGUGACAACGAGGAAACUGCAGGCAGCCCACCAAAACAAAGAAGUCGUUUCCUAUUAUUGCCUUUUGUUCAAGUCAUUUAUGUCUUUUUUUUUUGCCAACGGGCACCUUGUUAUUGCUACUACCACUGGCCAUUUUGGGGUUGUUGUUUCUUUCUCUCUCUCUCUCGUUUUGUUUUUCAUACUGUUUCAUAUCUGGAAAUCUGUACGGCUACCAUGACUGCUUCUUACAUGACCACGACUCCCCACCCCACCCCCCCACCCCAAGCCCCACCUACCCACCCACCCUGCUUGUCUUCUCUCCCGAUCCCAAACACUUUGUCGAAACACGUCUACACACAUAUCUCACAUGAACACGGUGCCUCAAAAUACAGAUGCCAUUGAACUUCUGUCAAUGCCUUCGUGUAUCGUCUGUCGGUUUGCAAUGUAAAUGCUUCGUAGGUGGUUAUUUUCAGCCAUCGUGUCAUUGCUCAGCUCACAGCUUAUGCCUCUGUGUUUUUAUUUGAAUAAAGAUCUGUGCUGUUUCCGCCUUAUACUGUCACACUGAAUAUGGUACUUUUAGUUCAUCGGCCUCCCCAAUGUCAUCCUCUUCAACACACUUGUAAUUAAACAGUUAAUCCUUGUAAGAUAAGACGAAGGUUUUGUGUAACACUGUAGCAAAGUUUGUCAGAUAAGUGUAUAAUAUGAUUUUCAUUCUUAUUAUUAUUAUCAUUAUUCUUAUUAGGGUAGCGGUAACGGGUAGUGUGGUAUUGUUUAGAGCUGAGGAUACACACCAAAAAUAUAUCAAAGACUCUAAAAGAUGCAUUCCAUCGAAUAAACUCAACAGACCCAUUUGCUAAAUCUGCUGUACUUAUGUAAUUUUGUCUGUAUAUUCCUGCACUGUUCAGGCUGCAGUUUAGCAAAGCACCAACAUACUGAUCGCUUCUGGUAGAUUUUACUCACAUAUUGCUUCAGGUGUACUGAAAGUCUCAGUAGAGUUGUACAAAUUGUAUUGCAAUUAGUUUAGCAUUUCACUUAGAAUAAUUUCAUUUAGAUUUGUCUCACGACAUUGAAGUGAUGUCAUUUUAAAUGACCCCAUGAAAUGUAAAAUAAUGCGAGUUGGUCGACAGUAUAGUAAAUUAUAAAGAUGAAGCUGGAUAAAAUCAAGUGCACAAAGGCACUGGCAGCUUUCCACAUAAAUAUUACACGAAAAAUAAACUGACAAGAGCUGCUUUUUGUUCUAAUUUCUUGCCAGCACCAUUUUGUUUUUAAUAAUCGGUUCUUGACUGCUGUAUCUGUCAUCAAGAUGUUUGCCUACAUGCCCACCACACAAUCAUGAUAACUGCUUCUUUCCUUCUUUUUUUAAGACCUGCUCUCCAUAAAAUUGAGCUUUAAUUUCCAUUUCAUGGGGUCAUAUAAUUAAAAAAAAUAAAAACAAAACAGUAGUGUGAGUGCCGAAUAAUAGAUUUGCAGGUAGCCUCCUUUCCAAAACUAAAAACUGAAGACAAAUAGAGAAGCACAAAAAUGUGUGAAUGAGUAACUGUGUUCUUUUACCAACAUCUAGAUUUCCUUGGGGAUGGCUCUCGUCUGCUCACGGCAGCAGUGGAAAAAAUGACAAGGCUGUCUUUGAUUCAAUCUAGUUCAUCACUUUGGAAAAAUGUAUUUUAAAAUCAUGUUUUUUAUAUAUAAACAUUUUCUUUUCUUUGUCAAAAUUGCUCUAAGCUCCCUGCUGUAUAUUGUUUCUGCUAAACUGUGGUUAAUUAUGAAAAUGGGUGUUCGAUUUUUGGAUUUCACAUUUCAUCAAAUUUGUAUAUUUAUUUUUUUUAUUUUUUUUUUUUACCACAAGGUAUGUAUAUAGUGUGUGGCAAUUACACUUUAGUAACACAGCAAUUUUUUUUUUCUUGGUUCCUUAUCAUGUUUCAUUUAUUUGGACUGAACUUAUUAAAAGGAGAAUCAAAUGAAGUUG